UCAAUACUUCAAUCUGUCAUGAAAGCACCAACAAAAAAUGAACCAACGUCAAAGUCAAAUACCGUCAAAAAAGUUUAAUUAUUCCACUCACUACGUGAUUCGGUUUUUUCAUGCUGUUUAUUAUAAAUCGUUAUCUUUUUAACGGUCGGUAGUUUAUUGCUAAACCUGUUCAUAUGAUCUGAAUUAGAAAGUAAAUAAAAAUGCACGUCUUCUCAUCGAAUGACGAAUGAACCUCACAAAAAUGAAAUUUGUUUGUUCUAAGUUAUAUGCGCAAAAUAAAUAUAGUUUAAUUUCUGAAGAGUCGUAGGAAAAAUCAGAAAUGGACAGUCCCUAUGAAAGGCUAUCCAUUCGGGAUUCCGUACGUUCUUUGAAGAAAUAUGGAAGUACUAGUAAACAUGUAAAUAAAAAUCAAAAAUUUAUUAAACAUACCGUGGCAAAAACGGAUACUCUUCAAGGAUUAGCCCUAAAGUAUGAAGUUACAAUGGAAGAUAUCAGAAGGGCAAACAGAAUGUACACAUCGGAUAGUUUGUUUCUAAAAGAGUAUUUGUUAAUUCCUAUACCAGAAGAUAGUCCAUUUGCUGCAUUUAGUGAAAGUCAGAGUAACAUAACAAGCCCACCUUCUGAAGCCAGUUCAUCUUCUUCACGACCUCCAUCUGUGUCCUCACCUAGCUAUAUAGAUAAUGAUGAUGUUUCUCAUUUCCUAUCAAAAAUAGAUUCGUCCAUAGCAAACACCAAGGCUGAAGUUAGGAAAUCAAGUGGACACAGUGAGUAAGUUUAAUAAAACUUUACUUUAGUAAGUUUUAUUCUGAUUUACGAAUUUUGAAAUUUUCU